AUGGUUGUCAGUGGAUUCAAUCCUUCCGAUUCGCAUCUAGUGACCAGCUUCUACUACAUCUCCGUGCUAUUGGGAUUUACUGCCUUUUAUUUCUGGGAGCUCAAUGUGGACCAACCAGUCAUACCUGUCAAGAUGCUACACAAUCAAACAGUUCUGGCGAGCUCUUUGAACUGCUUCUUCACCUCCAUCAAUAUGUUUUCAUCGCUGUUUUAUUUACCCUUUUAUUGGUCAAGUGUAAAAAAUGUGUCUCCCUUGGAUUGUGGUUACAGAUCUAUAUCUGGCUCGGUUGUGGCAUCCUUCACAUCAAUUUUCGCAGGCUGGCUCAUCAAGAAAACCGCCAAAUAUAAGACAUUACACUACAUAUCGGCAAUCACUAUUGUGUUGGGAAGCUUCCUCUUGUACUCCUCUACCAGGUACGACGGUGCAAUCAAGGAUAGCUUGAUUUCUCUACCCCUAAGGUACGGUGCAUCGGCAGACAUUACAACCAUUAUAGUUGCCAUGAUCAGUUCUGUUCCUCAAUCACAACAGUCGUUAGUCACUUCCAUCUCCUACGGAUUCCGGUCGACCGGCUCGACCAUCGGUGUUUCCCUAUCGAGUGCUAUUCUGCAGAGUACCUUGAGGAAGUCACUUACGGGAAACUUUAGAAACCUGGAAAACACCCUUCUACCUCCUGGAUGGAGCUUGGAGAUGUUGUCAAAGGCCAAACAGGUGGCUUUAGAAAACCCUAGCUAUGCAUUCACCGAGGGAUUACCCGAAACAGUCAAAGAUGCCAUUGUUUCUUCCUAUGACAGUGCCGGUCAUAGUAUCUUUCUCUUUCUAAUAGCCACUGCGAUCUGUAGUGCUGUUUGUAUCCACUAUACAGAAGAAAACGAGCUAGAGGAGAAGACAUGA